AUGGCUCUGACUUUCUUACCCCGUUCCCCCCAUCUCAAGCUUGCAUGCGCGAAGCUUCAUGACGUGCCCGAGCUAGUAAGCUUGUGGUAUCGUGUCUUUGAGAGCCCAGACAUCAGAGCCCUGUGGCCCGACACGCCCGGGGUGCGGCAAUGGUGGGACGCGACCAUCCGCCACGACAUGCUGGGCAGGCCGCAGGAGAAAUACCUCAAGGUCGUCGACACUGCGCAGCGGGGAGGCGGGAGCAUCGUCGCCUGGAUGAAGUGGUCCCUCCAGACGGCUGAGGAGCGCGGGCCUCGAUAUAUCCCGUGGCACCAGGAUAUGGACGUCCGGCGCAAUGCUGCCUUUUUUGAGGAGAUCGAGAAGAGUCGCGAUCGACUUGUCGGCGGAGGUCGAUACAACUUCUAUGCGGACAUGCUCGCAGUGCAGCCCGAAUAUCGGAAAUUGGGAUUGGGUCUCGCGCUCAUGAAAUGGGGCUGCGCUGAAGCAGACGUGGAAAAGGUCCCAAUCUAUCUCGAUGGAACAGAGGCUGGCAGUCGAGUGUUCACAAAGCUUGGGUUUGUGAGUCAUGGCAUGACAAUGGGAUUGAACUCAAUGGUGAGAGAACCGGAGAAUUUGGGAGCUCCAAGCACUAAGCUCUGA